UUUUUUUUUUUUUUUUUUUUUUUUUUCUGAAUAAAUAAACCAGCUACGAACUAACAGAGUCAAAGUAGGCAAAUCCCAAAUUCAGAAAUUCUCCAUUUUACGUCUUUCUACGACCCAACUGCAAAUUCGACUUUGCAAAAUCGCUACAAAAUUUGAAUUUAUCAACUAUAGGUAAAAAUGGUUCCUCCCCAGGAAAAAAUUGCAUGAAAAAAGGCCAAGAAUUGCGCAUUUUCAGAUGGCACCAAAGAAGAAAAGAGACAAUGAAGUUGGGGGAAAAGAUUUGAGUCGGGCUAAUUGGUCCAAAGAAAAUUUACACCUAUUUUGUGAUUUGUGUAUCAAAUAUGCUGAAAGAGGAAAGGGAAAACAUGGUGCUAUGAUGUGUCGAAGAAUGCCAUGGAAAACACUCGAAGUAGAGUUUCGAAAAAGGACAAAUUUAGCCUACGAUAGGAACAAACUUAAAAACAAGUGGGAUUGGAUGAGAAGUAGAUGGAGCCUUUGGAAAGCAUUGAAAGGAGAAGAAAUGGGUUUAGACUGGGAUCAUGAAAAAGGAACUAUAACUGCUAGUGAGGAUUGGUGGAAGAAAAAGAUUGAGGAAAAUAUGCAUUUCAGAGCAUUUAAAGAUGAAGGGAUUGAACCCGAACUUGAAAACAAGAUGGAACAACUCUUUGGAGUUUCAGUUGAUCAAGGAAUGUAUAGUCAUACUCCGGUCAUCGACUGUUCCCAAGGUGUUCAAUGUGAAAAGGAAGCAGUUCCUAUUACUUCACCCCCAAGUUUGAAUGUCGGUGAUGCACCAUACAACUGUGAUGAUGAAAUAAGUGAGAAUAAUGCUUUUAACUGCAGCCUAGAUGAUAUGGAACAACAAGAACCUCAUAAUGACCAUACCCCAAUUCCUUCUCCAACUCCCCUUCAAUGUAGAGGACAGGGAAGCGGAAGCGGUAGCAAAAGAGCUUUUGAGAAUGGUGCUUCAGAAAGUCAUAAGAGCUGUAGGACUGAACUUGCCACAGCAGUAGGUGCUAGAAUGCUGAUGGAGAAGCUUGAUUCUAUGGGGAAAGCUGCUACUGAUAGGAAUAUUAAAGUUAUGGAGUUAAUGAGUCUUGAAGCACGUAAGUUGGUUGAUUCUUCUCAUACACUCGUUGAAUCUCUAGCAAAGAUAGUGUCUAUGCCCGGCUUAGUCCCUGGUAGCCCUGAAUUCUGCUUUGCAUGCACCUUGAUUGAGGAUCCUCAAAAGAGGACAAUUCUUCAUGGCAUACCGGAUGACUACUCAAGACUUCAAUGGAUAAAGUUCUUGUACGAGGAGCAUAGGAAUAAAUAAAAAUCCAACCAAAUUUAUUUGACUUAAUAGUUAGUUCUUUUCUUAUACUUCAUAUAGUUAGUAUAGUCAAUUGUGAAACUGAUUCAUGAAGAUUGAAGUCAUAGAUUCAUUGUUUGCCGCUCACUUAAGCUGUGGUAAUUUUGCUUACAAUUAGCUUGUCCAAAUUAUAGAUUGUAAAUCAGAUCUAGAAGAUGACUACCAGUAGUGUUAAUACAAGGACAUUUUUUAUUGUUGCUGAGUAUAUAGUAUAGUUUGGUUGUCAAAUGCAACCUUAUGGAUUUGCAUUGUAAAUUGUUCUCUUAAGAUUCUGAUAUAGGUUAAUUUCAUGCAUACUUUAUUGUGUUUAAUCAUGUUUGAAGAGCAA